AUGCAGGUCGACACGGAGUCCCCAAACCCAUCAGAGGGAGAGAUCAGCGCGCAGCAGCCUCGAGACAGUGUCCCUGUCUCUUCGUCCCCAGAUGAGAGGACAGCUGUGCAGCAGAAAACCUUCACCAGGUGGAUGAACGUGUUCCUUCAGAGAUGCGAUCCUCCGGUCGAGGUGAGCGACCUGUUCACAGACGUCCAGGACGGACGGAUCCUGAUGGCUCUGCUGGAGGAGCUGUCCGGCUGCAAGCUGCUCUACAGAUUUCGGGCGUCUCCUCACCGCAUUUUCAGACUGAACAACAUCGCCAAGGCCCUGGCUUUCCUGGAUGACAGACAUGUGAAACUGCUCGGCAUCGACGCCUCUGGGAUCGCUGACGGGAUCCCCUCUGUUGUUCUCAGCCUCAUCUGGAGCGUGAUCCUGUUUUUCCAGGUAAAGGAGGCGAGCAGAGGCCUCCACAGGCAUUCGUCUUCCAGCCUCUCCUCCUUAUCAUCGAGCAGUUGCCCCUCCUCCGGCGACCUCUCACCCCCGCACGAGGACAUUGGCAGCUUCUCCUGCAGCACUCUGCCAAGCAAAAGCAGACAGGCUGCCAGAAAACCGAAGUACCACGGGAAGGCGAUCAAGACUCUGCUGCAGUGGGUCCAGAGAUGCACCUCAAAGUUCGGGGUGGAGGUGUACGACUUUGGGAAGAGCUGGAGGAGCGGGCUGGCUUUCCUCGCCCUGAUUAAGUCCGUAAAUCCCGCCUUGGUUGACCUGAGGGAGAGUCUGUCCAGAGAGCCCAGAGAAAACACUCAGCUGGCCUUCACGAUCGCUCGCCACAGUCUGGAUAUUCCACCUCUGCUCGACCCUGAAGACGUUUCAGGCACGUCACCAGAUGAGCGCUCCGUCAUCACCUACGUGUCCAUGUUCCUGCGACGUUAUUCAGGCACAGACGAGAAUCGCACCAGAGUCGUUGGCGUUCCUCACAUCCCAAAUGUUGGCUCAGCUGAGUCAGUCAGGUUUGGAGAGACCCUCACCCUGGACCCUGAGGUCCAGGAUCUGCUCCACGGUUUAGAGAGAAGCAGCGAGCAGCAGCUGUGGAAACGGUGGGCCAGAAGGUCCUCAGGGAGCCCCUGGUCCUCCUCGCUUCACGCCGGCGACGCAUCGUCACCGUUCAGCCAAAAGAAAAGCCGCAGUCGAAGCUUUUUACAGCCCCCCAGUCCUCUGGAUGCAGGCGUCGUCAGCCCGGAGAUCCGAUCGUGGAUGGAGAAAGGCUCCGUGGAUCAGAGCAAGCCGAGAGCGUGCGAGAGUCGCUUGUCUUUGAGCUCGGAGGAGGGAAUCUACACCGUGUCUGCGCUGGACUCAGACGAGGAGGACGCCUACAGCUACAUCCUGGAGCUGAACAAAGAGGAUUCCCAACCGUAUAAUCAGCCGAAGAGACACGUGCCGAGGGUCGAGGAGGAAACGGAGGAAGAGAUGCUCCUGAACGGAGAGCGGAGCGAAGACUCGAAGCACGUGGAGGCGUUUGAGAUGUUAAACGGCGGCAGAUUUGAACUUCAAGAGGGCUCAGAUGCACAAACUGUUGAAUCAGAAGUUGGAGGACGGUCAGUCGCUCACGGGACGUUUGACUGGGACAGAAACGAAAGAAGUUCCAGAGAGACGCCAGACAAAGCUGCGUUUGACGUCCAGCCAGAGGAGGACAGCAGAGAGGACCGUGAAGAAGAGACGGAUGUCAGAGGAAAGAGUAAACGUAAACGGGAUAAAAUCGAGGCUCUGAUUGAUGAAACCAAAGCAACGAGGCAGCUUGAAGUGACGAGUUCGAAGAAAGACGCUGAGGACGAGACUGACGGAGGGCUUUUUGAAAAUUGCGGACAAGUGAGUGAAAAAAGAGCGACACGUGAAGAAAAAGAGGAAGAGAACGUGAAGACAUUUGAGGAAGUCCAGGACAGAAAUUUGGGCAAAGAAAACGAGGAUAACAGAAGGGACGAAGAGACAGUAAAUCUGCAAAGUGUCCUGAUUUUAUUAAGUUUCAAGGUCAGAUCACGUGAAAAAGUAUCGAUUGACGAGGCUGCGGACGAAGCCAACGGAGAUGCUGCAGCUCACACAAAAGAAGAAAACGCUUGGAAGGACGAUGUCCCCGGGAUGCAGGAUCUAACGAAAGAUGAAGAUGAGGAACGAAACAGCGAUGAUGAAGUGAAGAACUCGGUGGAUUCAGAGGCAGCAGAGGAGAGAGACGGAGAAAUAAAGAUGAACAGACUCAAACUCUCUGAGACGAAGGCGACAACAACUGUCCGUCCUGCUGAAACGCCCCCGAAAAAUGACACUAAUGGAGGCGUAAACGUCGAUGGAGGCGACUGUUGGACUCCAGCUCGUGGUACGACUACUCCGUCAUUCAGAGCGGGAGGAUUCGUUCUUCAGCCUCCGGCCGUCUCUGGUGACGUAACCCGCUCAGAGCUGGAGCUGCUGGUGCUGCUGUGGAUGCUGCUGUACUGCUGCUUCGUCCUGCCUCAGAUGAACCUCUGAGUCCCCCGCGGUGCUCUCGCCUUAUUAAGAUACGCU